CCGGAAGUAAAACUUUUUCCAGAAGUCAAACAUUACCGUCUUCCUGUGAUGUGCCGCUGGACUUAAAUAAUAAUUUAGAAAAGAUAACCAUUACUUGCUGAUAAAUUAAACGGAAGGCUACAAUCAAGUAGGCGUCAGCGGGAAAUCAUGUUUUAUCAUAUUUCCCUGGAGCAUGAGAUCCUGCUCCACCCUCGGUACUUUGGUCCCAAUCUCCUGAACACUGUGAAACAAAAGCUCUUCACAGAAGUGGAGGGAACAUGCACAGGAAAAUAUGGAUUCGUCAUUGCGGUGACCACCAUUGACAACAUUGGUGCAGGUGUCAUCCAACCAGGCAGGGGAUUUGUGCUUUACCCUGUCAAGUACAAGGCUAUUGUUUUCCGUCCAUUCAAAGGCGAGGUGGUAGAUGCCGUGGUUACCCAGGUCAACAAAGUUGGACUGUUCACAGAGAUCGGCCCCAUGUCCUGUUUCAUCUCUCGUCACUCCAUUCCCUCAGAGAUGGAGUUUGACCCCAACUCAAAUCCUCCCUGUUAUAAGACCACUGAUGAGGACAUUGUAAUCCAACAGGAUGAUGAGAUUCGGUUAAAGAUCGUGGGAACAAGAGUGGAUAAAAACGACAUUUUCGCUAUUGGAUCCCUCAUGGACGAUUACCUGGCUCGGUGCCUCGACUGGAUCCUGUCUCGGAGCUCGACGAACAAUUUGUUUGACCUCAUGGCUUGGUUUUUCCUCUGACCAUGCACUGUUAAUCUUUUUUUUUAAAGAUUGAAUUGAUCUGCAAAUUCUUUUCUCUCUUUCUCUUCUCAGGUCUUGUCAGCUGAUGUCCCUGCAGUGCUAUGCUGAUGUAUCAACAUCUCUCAUAUUUUAUGUAAAUGCCUCGACAAUAUAGUACUGUCAUUUUUCUAGGUUGAUAAUGUGGUAUUGCUACAAAUCCUGUACUAAGUGGGGACACCAUACGAAUACAUACUAUUGAAACCACACAGAGCCUGUUGAUAAGCAGGUGGUUAUGUUGCUGUAUCGUCUGAGUUACUCUUCCAGUUGCUGUUGUAUGUUGUAUUUCUACAACUUGAACUGGAAAUAAAUGUUUAUUUUUUUGGUAA